AUGCGGGGCUCGGCGGCGGCACUGCUGCUCCUGCCGUGGAUGCUGCUGCUGCUGCAUGCGGCAGCCGUGGGCAACGGGAGCUGCGCGCGGAGCUGCGGGGCCUUGACGGUGCAGUACCCGUUCGGCUUCUCCCCCGGCUGCGAGAUACCGCUCGGCUGCGACCAGGCGAACGGCACGGCGUGGCUCGGGGGCGCGCGCGAGCUGGGCCUGCUCGUGUCCAACGUCACGGCGCGCGCGCUCUUCCUCACCCUGCGCCCAAACUGCUCCCGGAGGCUCAAUGCCUCCCUCGAGGCGCUCUUCACGAAGACGUACGCGCCCGGCAGGCAGAACGCGCUCGUUGUGAGCUCGUGCAAGCUGGUCUCCCUGGCCGCCGACAUCAGCAACUGCAGCGUCCACCCUAGCGCUUACCUCGACAACUCGUCCCAGUGCGGCCGCGGCGCCGCGGACUCCAUCCGCUGCGUCGUGCCGACACAGCCAACCAGCGACGACAACAUCCGCGUCCCCGACCGUUUCUUCAACAGAACCGAGAUGCAAACGCUCGCCGCAGAAUGCACCGGGCUGGUGUCGGCGGUGAGCUACUGGGACGCGCCGGCGCCGGCGCUGCUGCUAGCCACGAUGGAGCUGGAGUGGUGGAUGCUCGGGCCGUGCCGAUGCUCGCGCCAAGCUAACUGCACCCGGGUCACCACGCCGGUCGCAAGGCAGGAGGCGUUCCGGUGCGAGUGCCGAGAGGGCUUCGAGGGCGACGGCUUCGCCGAGGGCGCCGGUUGCCGGAAAGCUCCAAAAUGCAAUCCUUCAAAAUACCUAUCUGGAGAUUGUGGUAAGACGAUCCAAAUCGUCCUUCUCGUGGCAGGGAUCAUGUUUGGCGCCAUGGUGACGUGCGUGAGCUGCCUGGCGUACCAACUGCUGAAGCGCCGGUCCGCGUCCAUCCGUACGAAGCGCAGUACGAAGCAGUUCCUGUCCGAGGCCUCCUGCGCGGUGCCCCUGUACUCGUACCGCGAGAUCGAGCGCGCCACGGGCGGCUUCUCCGAGGAGAAGCGGCUGGGCACGGGCGCCUACGGCACCGUGUACGCUGGGCGGCUGAGCGACGACCGCCUGCUCGCCGUGGACAGGAUCGGCAGGGGCUGCGUCGACGACAUCGUCGACCCGUACCUGGACCCGCACAGGGACGCCUGGACGCUCUCGUCCAUCCACAAGGUGGCCGAGCUGGCGUUCCGGUGCCUGGCGUUCCACAGCGAGAUGAGGCCGUCCAUGACCGAGGUCGCCGACGAGCUGGAGCAGAUGCAGCGCAGCGGGUGGGCGCCAUCGGCUGACGACGCCGCGUUCAUGUCGACGUCGUCGUCGAUCUCCUCGUCCGUAGCGUCGACGCGCGGCACCGACAGGUCGUGGGGUGCCGGCAGAAGCCGGACGGAGAGGGCCGCGGUGAAUGCUUCGUUGGUCGUGCAAGAGACGGCGGCGAAGGGCGCAGUGGAGUCCCCUGUGUCCGUGCAGGAGAGGUGGUUCAGCGAGAGGAGCUCCCCUUCCUCCAACAGCUUGCUGGGCAAUUGCUCCGUGCACUGA